UUUACGACAUUUUUUAACUAAAAAAUCUCUACUUUAUUAUUUAAUUCUAUACUAAUUUCACAAAAUGUUGAAUCUUGGUUUUAUGAUAGAAAAAGAUCGCAGGGAAGCCGCAAAGCUAGAAAAGCGUAAAAUCUUCGAGGAAGAAAGAAAAAAGCGCAUUUUCAAUGCAAAAACAAGACUUAUAGGGGUGGACACUAAGGCUUUGGAUACGCAGCUGAUUCAAAAGCAAAAAAAGAAGGACGAAGAGAGACUGGUCGACGAGAUAUUUGUAGAACAAUUGAAAAAAGCCGAUGCGUUGGCAGUAGCGCUGGCUGAAAAGGACAAAAAGGAACGCCAUCUGAUCGAGUUGGAGAUAAAUAAGUUCAGACAAACGUUCCAGAAGCCGCAGCACAGAAGGGAGUACGAUUUAAAUGAUCCCGACCACAUCAAAAAACAGCUGCCCAUGAGAAUUAACGACGAUGAUCCCAGGCUUGGCCCUUCUUCUGUACAAAAAUUUGAAGGUGAGGACGUGGUGUGCCAGGAGAGGCGGAAGAUCCAGCGGGAUCAGCUGAAAGCCUGGCUCGAUCAACAGAUAAUGGAAAAGGAGCAGGCCGAGAAAGAAAGACAGACCGCCGUGGAUGCAUACAGGGCGGCAAUCUUGGCCAGGGACAAAAGGUCCAUGGAAAUAACGGAGUUGGAGAUGGAGUGCAGGAAACGCUUGGAGAUCGCCGUCCAGAGGUUCAAUACGGCACUGUCUGAAGAAAAACGCAUAAGGGAAGAGAGAUCUAAAAGGGAGAUUAGAGAUGAUAACAUGGCGGAAAUUUAUAAUGCCAUGACGAGCGACUUGUUGACGGAAAAUCCAGACGUGGCCAAUAGCAACUUGGGCCAAAACAGGAAAAUCGGGUAUCUUUAUAAAGGCAUGACUGACGAAGAAAAAGUUAGGUUUAAGGAAGCGCAAUGGAGGCAAAUCCAGGAGGCCAAGAAAGAAAAGGAGUUCCAGAAAAGGGCGGAAAAAGAAUUCGGGGAAUACUUUACGCAGACGCAAAAAACCAUACUGAUCCUGGAUAAAGAAAUAGAAGAAGCGAAGAAGAAAAUGACCAUACAAAUCAGAGAAGAAAACAGGAAAUUGGCCGUCGAACAGAAGAAUAAAGAAGAGUUUAUAAACAAAAUUGUUUACAAGAACACCCCUACAGAGGAAUAUUACAACCAAUUUAACACAACAACUCGUUAA